CACAUAUAUUACGUAAAGGUCCAAGCUCUUCCAUCAAGAGAUUGGGAGGUACUACGCUUGAUCGAUAUAAUCAUUUUUAACGACCAUGUCUGGUAGAGGGAAAACCGGAGGCAAAGCCCGAGCGAAAGCCAAGUCCCGCUCCUCUCGAGCCGGACUCCAGUUCCCGGUGGGUCGCGUCCACAGGCUACUGCGCAAGGGUAAUUAUGCGGAGCGCGUCGGCGCUGGGGCUCCGGUGUAUCUGGCGGCCGUGCUGGAAUAUCUGACUGCUGAGAUCCUGGAGUUGGCAGGUAACGCGGCCAGGGACAACAAGAAGACUAGGAUCAUCCCCCGGCACCUCCAGUUGGCUGUGCGCAACGACGAGGAGCUCAACAAGCUGCUGGGAGGUGUGACCAUUGCUCAGGGAGGAGUGCUGCCCAACAUCCAGGCUGUCCUCCUGCCCAAGAAAACUGAGAAACCGGCCAAGAGCAAGUAAAAGACUCCUCGUAGGCCCGGAUGAAUCCGGGACAAAGGGUUCACUCGGAACCAGCCACUUUUUCAUAUCAGUGUUCGUUUUUUUUUGGAUAAGCGACCUUUAAGAUAAGGGACGGUGUUUGGUGUUGCUGUUUCUAUUAAGACAUACUCGCUUCUCAUCGGGACUAAUCACAAACUGCUCAGUCGCUGCCCUUGUUGGUGCUGGAAAAUGGAGGCGCUCUCGAUCAGCUGGGGAUGAUGAAGGCCGUGGGGGGAAAAAUAGUUCUUUAAUGUGGACCAUUUUUGUGGGGAAGGAUUGUUUUAGUGUUGCAGUGCUGCUAAAAAAAUGUGCAAAAUUGUUGUAUUUAUGUCAUGUUUCAAUAAAUCUCUUGUAGCCUUUUGGCACACGGCAAAUACA